CUAACCUGCAAUGCCUUUCAGCGGCAAUAUCCAGGUUUCAGUCAAUCUCUGCCGAGUCUGCUGAACAACCUGAUUCCAUGGAGACCGCUCAGCCAAUCAGAUCAGACAAUGAAUUCAGAAUGGUUCUCAGAAGAUUAGACGAUAUGGUCAGAAGAACGGGACGAAUCACCAAAGCUCAGUUGAUUCUUGUAUUUGAUGAAAUUUGCAAGUUAGGUGCUGCUAAGCCGAACCAGGCCCUGCUACUCAUCAGAAGCUGUGGGUCACUCUUGCCAGAGGUAGCCCUUGAAGAGAGGACAGCACUUGUCUCCAGUAUAUGGGAUAAACUUAAAGAGCUCGGAACUACCUUUGAUGUCACCCAUUACAAUGCCCUUCUCCGGGUUUAUCUUCAAAAUGAGCAUAAAUUCUCCCCAACUGACUUCUUGGCUCAAAUGGAACAACAUGGCAUUGAUCCAAACAGGAUUACCUACCAGAGAUUAAUCAGUGCGUACUGCUUGCAAGGCGAUAUCCAGGGAGCUACCAAGAUCCUGGAGUUCAUGAAGUCUAAGGAUCUCCCUGUUACAGAAGGCAUCUUUAAUUCCCUCAUCACGGGACAUGGAAGAGCAGGAGAUCUUGAUAAUGCACAGAACAUAUUGAAUGUAAUGAGGAGCGUCGGUCUAGAGCCUAGUGCUGAUACCUAUACUGCACUCAUGUGUGCUUACGCUGAAAAAGGAGACAUUGAAAGCAUCAACAAGCUGACACAGGAAUUGGAAUCGGAGAAUGUAAAUCUUUCAGGAAGAUGUUUCCUGAGUGUAGCAUACAGUCUUGCUACAUAUGGACAUAGUGAGCAUCUCCCACAGGUCCUAGAGAAAGUGCAACUCAAUGCAGGAUAUAUCCCUGAUGCUAUUAACCUUUCAUUGAGUCUGAUGACCAAGGGACACGACGAUGCUGCGUUUAUAGUUCUAAAGAUGUUUCAGGGAUUGAGAGUAGAAAACUCUGCAGAGCCACAGAACCAAGGAAACUUUUUCAUCGAUCAUGCAGUCCAAAUUCAACUACCUCAUGAAACCUUGUUUGGACACUUGGAUGAGCUAAUCUCAUCAGGCCUCCAUUCAUCACCGUACAUUGUAGCACUUCAUUCAGCGCUUAGGAAAGUGAAGGAUAAUAAAGAUUAUGCUUUUGGAAUCAUUAGAAGGAUGCUUGAACUUGAUAUUCCAGUUAGACCUCACUACUUCUGGCCAAUAUUUGCAAGAGAUUCCGCGGCCAAUGACAAAGAAGGUAUCAUGAAUACAUUGAAACAGAUGGGUGAGAUGGGUGUUGAGGCCAGCAGUGAUACAUUCACCAGGUUUGUCUUUCCAUGUCUCGGAGGUACACUAACAGACAUCAAGGCAACAAUCAAUGAGCUUGGUAUAACAGUUGAUAAGUUUCUGGUCAUCGCCAUGGCAAGGAAUGAAGUCAAACAGCAGAGACUAGACAGUGUUGUUCAGCUCAUUGAAGAAUACAGAGAUUUUGUUGAUGUUCCUCUCAUUCGAGCUGGUCUGGUUUCCUGCUUCAGCAAAAAUCCUCAACCAGAGCAAAUGGUAAAAAUCUGCAAACAUUUUGUUGAAUCACAUCAAGACCUUGAGGACAAUAAUGUUACUAAAGAAGACCAGCUUGGAAGUUUCUUGUAUGAUAUUGUCUCUAGUAUUCCAGUGAACAAAGCUACACAGUUGAAACCUGAUCUUAAUCUGUUACUCAGAAGCCUUGCGAGAGAGGGAUUAUUCAUCAGUGGACCAAGAUAUCGCGGAAUUAGGAAUCAGUUGGAUCGGAUCAAGCUCCCAAUGCUUAAAUCAGCUGCUCUCAAACUCCUAGACCCUACUGAGAUACAGAAGGAUCGUGUUGCUAACUUUGAUGUUCUGCCUGGUGAGGAGGUAUCCCUUGAGGAGCUGGAGAACCAUCUAGUGGAGCUGAGGGAGAAAGGAGGUAACCUGAGAGGGAUCCUGAGGAGACUCCUCCUGGUCCAUACUACAAACAAUAAUUUUGAACGAUCAAUGGAGUUGAAGAAGGAGUUUGAUGAGGCUGGUUAUGAACCAACGGGGGCCAUCUUUGCCUGUCUUAUGAACGUGUGCUGUAACCAAGGCAAAUGGACUGAAGCCAUGGAGUUGAAAGAUCAACUGCUCAAGUUUGAUCCAAGUUUCAAGUUAGACAUCUCCAAGUAUCGCCAUUUGAUCUGCUACCUGGCCAAGAAUAAUCAACUCCCAGAUGCUUUGAGCAUGGUACACGAGAUGAAAGAACUUGCCGUUGAAACGGAUCGGAUGGAGAAGCAAACGUUUCAUAUGCUGAAUGAACUAGCAUCUGACGGACUGACUGAAGAGGUGGAACGCAUCUUUGAGACGAUGGUGGAGCUUGAUCUGGUGAAGCCUAAUAAUAACCUUGUGGGACCCAUUGUCAGCGCGUACAUGGCCAAGAAUGAUUUGGAAGGAGCGUUGGCAUGUAUCCGAGACUGUCAAGCGAAAUACAGCAUCAUGCCUCACUUUCAAGAUGUCUUGGUUCGUCUGGUAGAAGAGGGCCAUACAGACCAGCUUCAAAGAGCAAUGGACUUUGCAAGCCAGCAGCAUGGUGAUAUUAACAUGCUGUAUGACCUCAUCUUUGCAUUCUGCACUUCGGGAAAAUACAAAGAAGCAAUGAAACUAGUUGAGACCCCUGGUAUGAUUGCAAAGAACAAGCGUAUCCAAUGGUAUGCUGAACGUUGUAUCGGAGCUAAUAAUAUGGAGGCACUGCAACAACUGACAGCCAUCACCAAAGACCUGUAUGCUUGUGAUAGGGACCAGAUGUACUUCUAUCUUAUUCAGUUGCACACUCGUAAUAAUGAUGUUGAUAAAUGUCUUGAAGUAUGGACUACUAUGCAAGAGGAGGGUGUGGUACCUAGAGACAGAACAAUGCGUUAUCUUGCCAAUGUACUACGAUCAUAUGACAGACCUAUACCAUUCGAUGUCCCAAAGCUCACUGCUGAACAGCUUGACAAUCAAGAACUUAACACCACUGAGAAGAUAGAUAGAAUCUUGAAAGCAGGAAAUAUUGAAGGAGCAGAGGAGCUUUUGAAGGAAACUCUUGCGAGUGGGAAGGAUGUUGGUUCUGGUGUCUUUGACAGGGUCAUUUUUGAGAUGCUCAAGUUGGGUCGUAUUGAUGAUGCUCUCACUGUCAAAGAUUUAGGUGAGAAAUCAUGUGACUUUAAGAUGUCCAUCAUACUCACCAACAAACUUCUCAUUGAGUAUAUCAAGAAAGGAGAUAUAGAAAAUGCAGAAAGGUUACUAGACCAGACGUUAGAUUCAGGGGAGGUCCCCAGGCCAUCUGGAAUCAGAAUGCUGUGUGAGAGAUAUGAACAAGAUGGACUCUUAGAUACACUCCUAACUUUGAAGGAAAAAUAUGAGGAGAGAACGCAGUCUCGCUUUCCUAUCGGCAAAUCGGUCCUUGGGGCUUAUAUUGUGAAGGGUGAUGUAGGAGGUGCAGUGUCGUACAUAGAGAAGGAGCUUGAGGAGGAUCCUAAGAGGUCAAGACGGAUUGGUAUGAGGUCAUUCUUUGGUAAACUUCUUCAGAAGGAUCAGCCAUUGGAUGAGGUGUAUGCAAUGGUGGACAGAUUAGUAGCUAAAGAUAUAGAAGGACCAGCAUGGCAGCUUCUGUACUCUCAUCUAGACAACGGCAAGACAGACGGAGCCAGAGAUGUCAUUCAGAGAUAUGAUGUGAUCAGGGAGAAGUCAUCAGGUUUAAUAGGAUAUGCCAUAGAGAUGGUAGGAUCAGACAGUGAUGUGGAGGAGAAGAUUGAACAAGUCUUGGAAAUCACCAAAGACCAGGAUUAUCUUGAUAGAUCAAAGAUCUACUUCUAUUUACUCAAAGCACAUGACAACCAGAACAACUACCAGGGUGGUUUGAUGGUGAAACAGAAGAUGGAAGAAGAAGGCUUACACAUGAGUGACUUCAUGCUCAAGAGACUAGCUUUAUUACUAACCAAGACUGGUCAACCAAUCCCAUUUGAUGAACCACCAAAUCCCAUCUCAUUUUACCGAGAGAAGCUGAGACUGGAAGGAAAAGACAACCUACCUGAGAUCAAAAUCGUAGAGGAUGAGAGCUGAUGUUAAAAUUAAUUUAAAAAUGAACUCUAUAUUCUAUCUGGAUCAAAAAGAAGAACAUGAGGAUGGAGCGUGACAGGAGACAGAGGGUCAGCUACGGGGCACCUGUUCAGCGACUAGUGGUUGAUUCUACCAAAUGCCAGGGGUAGUUGAAGUAGAAAGAGAUUUAUAGAUUGUUUUUAUGAUUUUGUAUGUUUUAUACAUCAAGAGUUGUAUUUUGAGAUUUAUUUAUUGUACUUUGAUUUGACAGUGCAGUACUUAGGAUGUUGAACUUGUCUUUUGUACCCAUGGUGAUUCUAUUCAUGCUGAAGAGUUCCAUGUGAUUGUUUGUUACACAAAAAAUUCACAGGUGAGAUUUUCUCAGUCAUGAUGCAGUGCACACAGGGAUAUUUACAAUGGAACAACAGUGCAAAGUGCCAAUGCCUAAUCAUUGUGAAUACCUGCAAUACUCUCAUCACCUUUAACACUACAAACCUAACCUGUGCAUUAUUUGUUUUAUAAAUGGUUAGGCACUUUGCAUUUAUAGUGGACAAAUUUAUGGUUCAAAUCCCUCUAUUUUAUAAAUUGCACAGAAUAAGAGCUUAACAACUGUUUCCUAUUGUGACAUCACAAGUAUAGCCAUAAACUAUGAUAUACACCUCAAUGAGCUCACCGUUCCUUGCUAUAUCCUUCUCUUAGAAAGAAGGUGCAUUUCAAGGCCUAUCUACAUGAUGCAUUGCUGCAUCCAAAAUGCUCAAGUGUCGCACCCAAAAUGCACAUCUGGAGGGUUGACUAGAAUUGAAACAACAUGCGAUUGCCUAUGCAUUGGCUACUUGCUCCAUCUGUUUUUAUAGAAAAUUGUUAAGAAAACUUGGAGUCAUGCCUAUUCAACAUAAAAUACCCGAAAAGUAAUUACGGUGAGUUUUGGUAGACCACCAAACUACACAACUCUGAUAUAUUAGGUUGAAAUAAAUUAUGAUGUAGAUAGUUUGUACUCUGUGGAAUAUCAAAAAUAUCUGUAUAUGCGAUAUCUUUAUACAAAGUUUCCACUGUGGCAUUAGAUGCAGUACUGAUAUACAAGAUGCAUUUCUUCUUUUUGCAGAGUUACCUAAGUGUAUUUAAUUCUAAUGCAGUUCAUGUGUUUUUUGCAAACAUUUUUCAUAUUUGUCUCACAAAUAAUGUGAUCAAUCACCUUAGGCUUAAUGAUAAUAAUGAUAACAAUAACAGGCAUUUAUAUAGCGCCAUCUAUCUAUAAAUAUUCUAUUCCGAGGACCAAAUGUUACUUUUGGGAUGAUGAAUCAGAGGACAGUUAUAUAUAUCAAUACUCUUCUUGAUUUCAACAGACAAAUAUUAUUGCUUACAUAGGCAAUUCAAUACGUUGGGGCACCAUUUAUCAAUUGUGUACUCCUUCAUUGCUGUGUUGAAUCAAUGGAUAAUGUGAUCCCAUUCAUGCAUUAAAUCCUAUGGAGUCUAGGUCUACAAAGUGAAUUAGUGAACUCCUAUUUCAUGAUAAAGUGAAUGGUCAGGUAUUGGUCAGUUUAAGGUCAGAAAUCCUUAGUAUAAUGAGACUUAGCACUUCAUCAUUUACUUAUAACACUAAUGGAAUUCGUUCAAUUUGGAAUUCAUUCAUUUGUUAGAUGUGUACUGAACUGGGCAUAUUUGUGAUAAGAAUGCUUGGUGUUUCUCUGUUUGGGAAGCUGAAAAUGAAUUCAGAUCCUUGUGUUCAAAUGUCUAUAUUGCAUCAAAUAAGCAUCAUCAUCAAUUAUAACCUACGCAAUUAACAGGCAUGGAAUAAGGGAUUGCAUUAUUUGUAUUUAUUUAACAAUUUCUAAGUAUAGAUUGGAACAUUUACAUCAUUAAUAGUAAUUGUUAUUCUGUUACACAUUGAAUCAUUAGAAUCUUAAAUGAUUCUCAUAGUUGGGUUGAGUGAUGAUUAAACCUUGCUAGAAUAUCUCUUUGAAGUUGUCUUACUCAAAGAGUAAGAAAGCUGGUAACAAUUAAAAGCCCACAUUUAUAUAUGUUUUCAUGAUACCACCUUGAAACUUUGUUUCAUGCCAUACCUCAAAACAUACUUCUCAUUCAGUAAUAAAUGAAUAUAUAAUCACUGAUUCAUAAUUCAUGAGGGUGGGUUAUAAUGAUAUAUAAUGAUAAUGAUAUAUAUAAUGAUAGGAAGUGUCUCAUCGUUUAUAUUCUUGCAGGUUGUGUAUUCGAGUACAUUGAUGGGUCCACUUGUUGUAUUUCUAUGAAAUCUAUCAAUUCUAUGCAUUUGUCUCCUGUAAUGCAAAGAGUAUAAAUACAGGGAUUAUGCCAAGGUAUUCUUAUUUUUAUUUAUUUGAUUUUUUUAGCAGGGAGGGGGCAAGACUCAAGAAGUAAUGUCAUAAUAAAAUCACAAGGAGAAGACAGUCACCUCCCCCCUCCCCUUUGUGAUGCCUCCUCUAUUCAGUAUGAUUACAUUGGAAUCUCUUUGGUAUAAAUCCUUCUGGAACCGGGACAUUACCUUGUUAUCCCAUGUCUACAUAACAGUAGAAAACAAAGAAAUGGACUUUAUAAAAUCCAUUGUGACAUUGUUUCACCAUAUUUUCUUUACUCUGAAUGUUGAAUUGGCCUGUCACAUAUUGAUGGUCUAGUAUCAUGUGGAAUUUGAAACCAUUAAGAUUCAAGACCUGAUAGCAAAUACUGUAAAUCAACCGAUUCAGCUGUGUUUUAUUACCAAUGGAGGCUUGUUCCUCACAACCUGUAUACAUAAAUGUGUAUGCUUUACAGCACAUGAUUAUAUAUAUUGUCUAUGAGCUCCAGGGCUUUGUGCAGUGUACCCAAAGUGGUUGCAAGCUGCCAUUAAAAUCCACUGCACCUGCAAGUGAAUACCAAGUCAAAUUUCUUGCUUAGUAUUGUCCAACUUCUGUUUUAUUACAUCCUUUUUUCAACAGAGUAUAUGCUGCUGGUUUUAAUUCAUAGGUGAAAUAAAUUAUCAGCCAAGAAGAUCAUUCACUCAGAGAAAUGGAAAAUAAGAAUUCACUCCGACCCAACACCUUUACUACUAGACCUCAGGCAAUUGAUGACAGAGUUCUGUGGUCUAAAGGGCUUAAGAUCUAUACCUCUACUCUACAGAAAUUCUAUUCCUCCACUUUUUUUUAUAUAUAUAUCCCAGCUUGAUGGGAUUUUUUGCCAAUUUGAGGAUUGUUACAGCCUGUUGUGCUGUACCUUUUCCAUUUCUUUUUGCUAUGUUGUUAUGGUACAAUGAAUGUUUCAUCUGACGAUUCUCUACAUGAUGUGGUAUAAUGCAAAGUGGUAUAUCCUGAUAGGACCAUGGAUCUGCUGUGUCAGACUUGUACACUAUUCCACAAAAGUUUAUCAAUUUUAUGACCAUCUCCAAUGGAAGCUCAUGUAUACAUUGCAAAAUGCAUUUCAUUGGCACCUAUUAAUUGAUUAGAGUAAUUAUCAAUUUGAUCUAUGAUAUACAAAUUAAUAAAUCUAAUGUUAAUGUACACUUGAUAUGGAGACAAGGAAUUGUGUUAUUCAAUGAACCCAGCAUGUAUUGCCUAUUUAUUUACCGUUGCCUCUGUGCAAGUAUUUAUAUUCGGUCUUUAUGGUUGUUUAAUUAGUGGGUUUUCAUUUUCUUCUUAACCCCUUCCCAACUGAAACUGCGUCCUCUGUGUACUAAUUCCUAUGGGAAUCAGGGGUCGGUAGAAAACAAUUUUGGACGAUUUUUUGUUGUUGUGUAUUUACUUUUUAUACCCUGUAUCCCCUCUGGAUGAUCACCAAAUACUAUUUUCUCCUCAUUGGUGAAAACUGCUCCAUGGUGACCAUGCACUCCAUGAAAGGUGCCCCUACUGCAACCUCUGAACUCAUGUUCCAGUUCAGUGUCACUGAACUAAAUGUAUGAAUAUGAAAUAUAACAAGUCAUUGAUAGCAUUUAUAUGAUAUCUUUAUCCGUAAAUGUAUUGUGCAGUCCAUCUGUAUAGCAUUUAUUGUCAUGUUUUGACAAAUAAAAAUUAAUCGAAAGAUGAGACUUUAAUCACUUAA